GUGUCUUUGUGUAUAUAACGUGGGAUUGAUUAUAUUCCUGGUAUUAACUGCAAAUUUUGCAUACUUUUGUGUACCUUCCAGUUGUCAACGUAUCUCUGAGGAGAAGGCAGUGGGCUCAUUGCAGUCUUAUAAAGUUAACUCACAGAAGAGGAGACAACAGACAAGCCAAAGCAAUUGGUAGUGGCGGUACGGUGGUCAUCAAAUCAUAGAGCCUCUACAUCGAUUGAUGACAGCUUGGUGUUGAACUGAAAUCUGACGCACAGUUAGCUGAACAGCACUCACCCAGUCUACACUUGGGUUGGCACUUUGUACACAACAGAAUUCAGGCUGAAUUUGGCUAAAAUUGGCUCAAGCCAGAUAGGUUUUUUUUUCUGAAUCUGAAUGGCAUUGCAUGACAAUAUUCACCUGACCUCGCUGACCAUAAGACUACAACAGACUUGUGAUUAACUUCUGUUUACAACCACAUUUGCAUGGCUGUGUAUUUCUUUUGAAUUGUACUGCUUACUUUUAGGACCUCAUUUAUUUUUGUCUUUGAAAGUAAAUAGUACAGAGAGUAGUGUUUUACAUGAUAGCAGUACAACAAGAACAUAAUGUAUGUUAGGGUUUUGGAAUAGCUGACAAAGUUGACAAAAACAGAGAGGAAUUUUGUGUUGUUAUGAUCACUUAGUAUAAGAUAGACAAAAAUGCAUAUUUUCAGAAGAUUUUAAUCAGUUGCUGGUUUUGCUUGUACGUUAUUUUCUGUAUUUUCUUUUCAUUCACAACUUGCAAGUAAUUGUUAUAUAAUGUUACAUUUAAUCAGAAAAGUAAGUUAAUCACACAAAUACGAAACAGUUUAACUGUUACAAGUGUUCAGCAGGACCAAGUGAAUAUUCAACUGCAUUGCCUAGAAGAAAAAUACAAAAUUUUCAACUACCAUGGCUGAUCCUACUAUAAUAGAGGGGUCAUCUCAAAUAAGGGACCAGUCAGUGUCCAACCAGAUGCAAGGUGAUGUAAGAAUCAAUGAUGAUAUGCCAGAUAGUCGUCCUGUUGUGAGAGAACUGUCCAGCUGUCAAAGGGGAGACAGUGACGAAGAUCGGGCAUCGGAUGGUAACGUACAAGCAAGGCCAGUAACUGAUGGAACAACGGCAACAUCCACUGAUACCAAUGGUGUCAACACAUCGCAGAGUAGCAACUCUGUACAACAAACAAAUUCAGAUCAUGCACACGAACAAUCAAAGAUACAGAAGCGAGAAAAUGAACGGACGUCACUUGAAAAUGAGGUCAAAUCUGUGUACCAACAAGUCGGAACACUGUCCAUAGCUAUGUUCCAUAGCUUUGUGGUGAUGAUUAUAAACUGCAGCAGUACUUUAGAGGAGCGAUAUAAACAUGUGGAGUUUGCCAGAUUGCUUCUUGAUAAUUGCAGAGUGAAUCCACAGAAAAUCCUGGACCUUCUUGCAGCAGUUACCAUCCUGGAAAAAUAUGCCCGAAAUCUUCUUAAACCAGUGCGACCCGCGUUUUGGACAGUUGUCAAGUUUUCUAAUGGGAUCUUCAAAACAAAAGUAGACAUAAUUCAAGGGUCAAGAAAUGUUCUGCAUAAACUUGGCUAUACCAUAGUUGCUCGAGACGGCCUUGCCUUCCCAGAGGAUAAAACAGAACCAGACAUUGAGAUGGUUGUCCAAGUUGCAACAGACCUGAUACAGGCACGCCUUGAGUUAGAAAUGAUCAUAUGUGGGACACAUCCACAACCAGAAACAAUGUACGUACAUAUUCCUAUAGAAAUGUUCCAACAAGCUGAACAGCUUGCAAAAGAACAAUACUACCAACGGCAGAGGGACCAGGCCAGUCUGGCGUACUCUGGACAACAGGGUUCUUCUGCUCCUCUCCUUGCUGAAACAGAGUCUGUGGGUACAGGUCCUGAAUCGUCUCAAGAUGAACAUGUUACCAAAGACAUUGUCAUGAUUGUGCAACCACCUGCUCCUGAACAUGGACAAAUUAUAGCACCAGUCACUUCGCCUGAAGCCAGGCACUGUGAAGUAUGUGAAGAACCAGCCAUCCGGUGGUGUAGAAACUGUGAAGCAGCCCACUGUCUUACAUGUGACUCACAACUCCACAAGCACAAAACUAGAAGGAACCAUGAGCGUGUACCAAUUGCCCAAAUGCACGAACCACCAGGGGAACAGGAAUCACAACCGCCUGCCAACGAGUCUCGUUCCCUGCCAGUACGAACAAUCAGUUCAGCACAAAGAUCUUCUGACAAGGUGGCUGCAGUAGCGCCCAGUGUGCAGUCAGGUGUAUCCCUUGGAGGGCAGCCCUUGGAUGUAGCAUCUGGUGUUAAACCUAGUCAGUCUCUGGGUCCACAACCUGCUAGAACUCAGGCUAUUACUCCUGCAGCAGCACCACAAGCUUCUGGCCAGGCAGGCUCACCGAUACCAGAUCUCAGUAGAAGAGUUACAAAAUUUGAGAUAGAGAUUGCAAAGUACCGUGUGGAAAUUGAAGAAAUAAACGAAAGGCAGAGCAAGUUUUCGGAGGCGACUCCUGAGUUUGUGGAGUUGGAGAAGAAGAGACAAGAUCUACUGAAGCAGAAAGCUAUGGUUGAGGAGGCCCUUAGGCAACUCACUGGUACAGAGAGGAGAAUGCAGAUGGAGAGACAGCAGCAACAACAACAACAAGCAUACAUGACUCAGUCACAAAGACCUGAUGCACAGCAUGUAGCAAGACCCACAGGACUCCCUGAUGCCUUGAGACCUGCCAUGCCUCAAGGGAUAUAUCCUCAGAACUUUGCUCAAGGUCAAGGUCAAUUUAUUCAGCCACAAGGUCAACAUCCUUACCAUUACCCCCAACAGCAGCAAUGGCAGAACUUUGCUGGUCCUCAAAAUGUGGCAAUGUGGGGACAACAACAGAGGGCACCAGUAAGGCAACCAUACACACUACAGUACAGACAUCCGCCGCAAGAGUUUCAAGCCCCAUCCAGGCCACAGAUGUCUUUCUCUGAAAUCACUUGUACUCGCUGUAGACACUCUAAUCCUAUCAUCAAUAUCACCUGUGAGAUAUGCCGUGCCAAGUUACCUUUGAUUGACAGCAGACUGUUGCAACAAGACUCCAGGUUCUUACCUGAACCACGACCAUCAAUGAGGGAGCUUGGCCUGCCUGAAGUGUUAAAGCCUCCCCCAGCAAUGGAAUAUAAGCCUGCACAGAGUACCAAGGUACCAGCAACAGCAUCUAGUCAGAAGUCGAUGCAAACGCCUUACAGAACAGAUGCUGUACCCUCUCAGAAGGCAGAAGAUAUCAUAAGAAGGCCUCCUAUGGAACAACCUACAGCUGGGUUGGCUCAGACUAAUGUAGGACAGACAACGACAACUGCUGCUACCAGUGCUGUAGAAACCCGCAAACAGGGACAGAGUAUAGCUUCUACUGCAGCCAGGUCACAAACAGAGGUGAUCAAACCACCUUCUCCACCAUUGGUGUCAUCUUUGAGUUCAAGGACACUUUCGCCUUCAAAGUUGAAAGGAUUCUCCCAGAAAUGGCAAUGUGAGACAUGUACGUUUAUAAAUGAACCGGGCACUAGGAUUUGUACUGUGUGUGACAAGACAAGUGACAACCCACAGUUUAUACCGGGUGGGUCAGAAGAACAGGUACACGAGAUGUCUGUCACUGUUGAGUCUGGAACAAAUGUGGAAGAAUCUCUGUCACAUCUGAGUCUAGAAGGAUUCGGCACAUCGGGAGCUCCUGGAAAGAGACCAGAGACAAUGGGAGGGGACCUGACACCUGUAGACACUGCUAUGACACUACCUGGAGCUGGUGCAGAGGUCAACACACAGAAAGUUCCUGGUGGGACUGUUGUUGAAAUCCAGGAUCAGAUUUGGAGGGAGAAGCAGUUAGCCAAGAAGGAGGAUGAGGAACGUCAGAGAGCAUCCCUGUCCCCUGCACCACUGAUGUCCAAACCACCAGACAUGCCAGCACAAAGACAAGGGGUAGCUGACAUACCAGACUCACCCAUGGCAGAAAGACAGACAGAUCUCUCAUCUUUAGGUCAGUCAUUGGAGCCAGAGAGGAGGACCAUGAACAUCCGAGAACUGCAGGAGAGGAAGAGACAGGAGGACAUGAGGACAGAGGGGCUGCAGAUGAUCAAAUGGUUCAGGGAAGCAGAACAUGCUGGGUUCCUCCCAGAAGAGGUACAAGCAGCUCUGUUCCACUGUGAGAAUGGAAACCCUGUAAACUGGCUGAAGGAGAACUGGCAGGAGCUUGUAGCUAGUGUUGCAGCACAGGCAACAGAGGAAGGGAAAAAGCUGAAGACUAACAUAGUCGGGGUUAUAACAACGCAGGAAGCAGCUGAAGCUCUCAGGAAACAAGAAGGAGAGAUCCCAAAGUCAAUCAAAGAGUGCAUUGACUGCAGACGAAAGAAGUUCAUCUAUGUGAUGGAGUACCAGGAGUUUGAGCAGGACCAGGUCCUGACGGCUCUACAGGAGAACUGUGGGGACACGGAGAAGGCUAUCCUAGCCAUACAGCGGGAACUACUGCAGCCAUUUGAGGAGCACAUCUGGAAAGUGGAGACGGACGAAAACCGCAACCGAGUCGAGUUAAAGGAAGGGGACUUUGAGAGAAAUGUAAGAAUGCUGUUAUGUCAGUACAACCUUCCCUCAUGGGGAAGGGCUGAGCAGGCAGUGAAGCUGCUUGAGAGUGGAGAGUUUGAUGACUAUGACUUUGGGGACAUCAUCGAGGCUGUGCGCUCCUGCCUGGGUCUGGAAUCCUGUAAGAAGUACCUACAGCACGAGUGUCAGGUCUGCACGGAUGUGCUGCCACAACAUAAGACCCACUGCAGCUGUGAGGUCUGUGUCUCCUGUAUGAAACAAUACUUCACCAUCACCAUCAGGGACAAGAACAUCAAGGACAUGAUCUGUCCUGUCUGCAGUCAGCCUGACUUAGACGAUGAUGAAGAUGCAGAAUCUGAGUUUUUCAACCUUCUAGAUAUCAUGCUAAAGAACAUUUUGGAUGACGAUGUCCAUGAACUCUUCCAACAAAAGUUACGUGACAGAACCCUGAUGAGACUGCCUAACUUCAGAUGGUGUUCAAAUUGUUCAUCAGGAAUGAUCAAUGAUCAGCCUGAGCAGAGACUGAGAAUGCUCUGUGCUGACUGUGGCAGAUCUACAUGCUAUAAGUGCAAGAAGCCAUGGGAAGAUCAGCAUGAAAACGUCACCUGUGAACAGUUCCAAGAAUGGAAGGAAUUAAAUGACCCAGAGUUCCAAGCUGCAGGGUUGGCAGCCAUUCUGAAUGACUGUGGAAUUGAUUGCCCAAAUUGCAAGUUCAGAUAUGCUCUUGCCAAAGGUGGUUGUAUGCAUUUCAAGUGUGUACAGUGCAAACAUGAGUUCUGUUCUGGAUGCUACAACACGUUUAGACAUAACUGUACAAGAUUUGCAUCCUGUGCGAGGAAGGGUCUCCAUGCCCACCACCCCAGAGACUGUCUCUUCUACAUGAGGGACAGGGAUCCUAUACAGCUGCAAAGGUUGUUACAGGACAAUGGAAUUGACUAUGAUACUGAACCACCAGCAGCUGCUGCCCAAACUGCUGAAGACAAUGAAGCAGGCGGAAGCAGGUGCAAGGUCAUGGAACAAAAGGAAACGAACGAUGGCCUCCGAGAUGACUUCUGUGGCCUGGACGCCCCUGCUGGAUAUGCUGGACUCUGCAGACUCCACUACAUUGAGUACCUUGUUGGCCUCAUCAAUGCUCACAAGAUAGACCCAGUGGUGAUCAUGGACAGUGAUGAGCUGAGAGCUCUCCUGCUGAGAGAGGAGAAACAAGUACCACAACCACAGAGGAGGGAGGGGGAGAGGGCCUUCUGGCAGAGGCUUGUUCAGGAGGUACAGCAGAGAUUGCCACUGUCAGCCCAGCCUCCUCGAGAACGAGACCACACGUAACCAUCUCCUCGUCUGCACCUGCACCUAACAUCCGUCUGCUUCCUUCCUGGUCAGAAGGGGACUGCACCUGCCAGCUCAGCAGCUCAGUAUAACCUGCAGCCACAGCUUGGCAAGUGUCAUCACUUCCAGCUCUGUGUUCAACAAACACAGAUGGGAGCCAUGCAUACUAACUGGUGUAACACACAUCUCUCGCUGCCCGUCAGCUGUAUUUAGCCUUCAGUUGGUUAGUCGGAUAGGCUGUCAGGAGCGCUCUUUUAGCCGGGCUAGGAGUAAUCGUCAUCUCCUCCAGCUCUGUGUUCAGCGUACACAGAUGGGAGCAAUCCUAGCCUGUGAUACAUCAUCUUUCGCUGCCCGUGUGCUUUAUUUGGCCCACAGUCAGUCGGGUAGGCUGCCAGGAGCGCUAAUACAAGAGCCAUCCAUAUGCACCACAGAAUCUGCUGAGCUCAGAACUGCAGGAGAACAACACCACACACACAGCAUUCACACAGCUUUGCAGUCAGUCAGUUUUGUGAAAGGAUGACCUGGAUUGACCUGGAAAGAAGAUGCAGAACGAUGUUGGAAACGUGGAGGUCAGAUGAAAUGGAGACCAGACAGUGGUAUUGUGAAGAUUGGUAAAGAUGCAAAAGAGAUAUUUGACAUCUUGUGGACCAGACAAUAUUGUCAGCAUCGCAAGGAUUUGGACAGAUGCAGAAGAGACAUUUGUGAUCUUGAGGUUUUAAAUGCGAUGAUGACCGGACAGUGACAAGGCAAGGAGCGGCAGUGGAACAAGAAGAAGAAUGUAGAAUGAUGAUGAAUGUAGAAGUAACAAAAGUUUGAGAUAGUUGCAAGAGCUUCAGCGUAUAGAAGUAGUACUUUUGCAGUUUGUGAAAAAAGUUUUUCCUUAUCUUUUUGUUAUUGUAGAAGUUAGUUUUGCUUGAAAAAAAGCUAGAAGUAUAAAGGGUAAAGGUUUAAGAUGUGUAGAAAGUAGUUUUGGUGGAAGUUUGUUAAAGUUUGUUUGUUUUCAGUGACUUUUUGGUGCACAGUUUGAUGCAUACUCUUGUAUCAGUGCAUAUUAGAUCAAUGAACGUUGAAAGCUUAUUGGUUAGUGUCAGGUUCAGAAAGUACAAAAAAAAGUUACUGAUAAGAAUUUACUUGGCGUUAGCAUGUUAAGGCUACUACUUCGGUUUGUUCAGCCAGUUUGUUGUGAUUUGCAAGGUUUUGUUUGUCACUUUUUGUAUUGUUUAUUUGCUGUGACAAGCAAGGUUCUUAUAUCGUUCAUACAGCGGUCAUAUAUUAAAUUGCACCAAUAACUUGUAUGUGUACGUACAUAUAUGAUUUUUCAACACAUACCUAGCAAGUACAUAGAAACUACCGUAUGUAUGCUAUAGAGACAAUUGUACAUUGUGUAUAUUUGUAAUUUUUGCAUAAAUUAUUUUUGUACUUAUUUAUCAUUCACAUCUGUACAGGUAUUUAGUUUUUUAUAUGUUAUGUUACAGUUGUGCCAUGUUAAUGAAUAAAGAUAACAUCAGUAUCGUCGCUACCAGUAGUGACAGCAGACAACAACAAA